CCCAGGCAAAAUUGAUCCUCCCGACGACUGCGCCUUCUCCGGACGACUGCGCCUUCUCCGCUCGUCGACUCCGCCGCCGCCUUCUUCUUUACUCCUUGCAUUCUAGGGUUUCGCAGACCAAGGGACUUGCUCUGCAGCAGCAGCAGUAGGAGGAGAGGAGGCGACCCCUCUCCUUGGUCGAUUCGGAGAAAAACCUUGUUUGGGAUCCUUCCGAUUGUCGGCGGUGAACUUUGGGAGACAUUACUUACGUACAUCAGAGAUGGGAACAAUGUUCAAGUUUUGGGUUUGUUGAGUGUGUUGGCUACGCUGUUACAAACAAAAGAACUGGAUGAGUCAAUGCUGGAUGCUCUUGGAAUUCUUCCUGAGCGCAAAAAGCAGAAGAAACUCUUGCUGUGAUACUUUGAAGGAGUUGAUCAUCUGAUCAAGACUUGUUGCUAAACUCGUUGGUUGAAGAGAAGCUUUCUAUUGAAGAGAUUAUCUAGCUGUUAACAUUCUCGGAAUUUGUUCUCGGGUACAUCUUUGGAUCAGGAACUUCUUGAUUGUUCUGAACAGCAUCCAGAAGGGCAAUCCAAUGUUAGAAGCAAGCCCCUUUUGAUUGCCGAAUUCUCCUAGCAACAUAAAGGAAAAACUAAGUGAAUUGAAGCGAGGACGUUUUCAGCAUAAGUAAGUGGGGAAAAUGAGAGUGUCCUUCUUGAACGGCAACUGUUCAGGUCUUAUUCUUAGAAGCAUCAACCGAAGUUCCAAUUCUCUUGCUUUAGGAAGCGUUUGGAGUCCUCUUAUGGCGCAAAACCCAACUAAAACAGCAUGGUUUUUAAGUUGCAAUUCGAUGUCGACAAAUUCACCGGUGGUGCGAGUGAAGCAAAAGAUCGAUUUGACGGGGAAGGAGGAGAAGAUCUUUGAUAGGCUUCUCGCCACCGUUCGCCAUUUUGACCAAUCUACCCAGCUGCGGGUCGCUGGUGGUUGGGUCCGCGAUAAGCUUUUAGGGAAAGAGUGUUACGAUAUCGAUAUUGCUCUUGAUGACAUGUUUGGUAGCACAUUCGUUGAUAAGGUUAUCCAAUAUUUGGCGUUAACAGGGGAAGAGGCACAAGGUGUGGCUGUUAUCCCAAGCAAUCCAGACCAGUCGAAACACCUAGAAACAGCAAGGAUGCGCCUCUAUGAUAUAUGGAUAGAUUUUGUGAACUUAAGGUCUGAAAAGUACAGUGAGAAUAGCCGAAUUCCCAACCAGAUGGAUUUUGGCACUGCGGAAGAGGAUGCUUAUAGAAGGGAUUUAACUAUAAACAGCAUGUUUUACAAUAUCAACACCAGCUCAAUUGAAGAUUUAACUGGGAGAGGAUUUGACGAUCUUAGAUCAGGAAAAAUUGUGACACCUCUUGCCUCAAAGGAAACGUUAAUGGAUGAUCCUCUGCGAGUUCUUCGUGCUAUUCGCUUUGGUGCAAGGUUCAGUUUUACAUUGGAUGAAGAGCUGAAGAGAGCUACUGCAUCCAAUGAUGUCAAAGAUGCACUUGAAGCUAAAAUCAGUAGAGAGCGCAUUGGAACUGAAGUUGAUCUGAUGGUAUCGGGCAAUGAACCAGUUAGAGCUAUCGCUUACAUCUAUGAGUUGCAAAUAUUUUGGGUUGUCUUCAGUCUACCUCAUGAACAUGAACUGACAUUGCCACAAGAGUGCAGUAGGCUCUGCUUGACUCAUAUGGAUGCUGCAUGGAGCCUUCUGCAGCUAAUCGGAUUGUCAUCUCUUAUUGAUGAACAAAGAAGAUUGUCCUUGUAUGCAGCUCUGUUUUUCCCUUUCAGAACCAUCACAUACAAAGAUAACAAAGGAAAGAAGAUUCCAAUUGUCAAAUAUGUUUUUCGAAACUCUCUCAAGCGAAAGGCCAGUGAUGCUGACACAGUCGUCGGUGUACACUCUGCUGUGGCGAGACUGCUUAGCUUGAUUCCUUUUCUUGAAUCAAAUGUUGAUGGAGAGCUGAAUGAUGAUGGUAUGUGCAGUGAACUUGUUGAUAUCCCUGCUUCGUCAAAGCUGCGGGUAUUAACAGGAUUUCUCCUGCGUGAAGUAAAGGAUUUCUGGCGAGUAGCAUUAUUGAUUUCUGUGCUGGCUUAUCCCUUUCCUAUUGGCUGCUCUGAAGAUGCCAUGUCAAAGCACAACGAAUUAGACAAGAGAAAAGAGGUGUUCCAGGCAGUUGAGAAUGCUAUUCUCAAAUUAGGCCUAGAAAAAAUAUGGGAAGUGAAGCCUUUAGUCACUGGAAAGGACAUUAUGAAUAUUCUCCAGCUCAAAUGUGGAGGUCCAUCGGUUAAAGAAUGGCAACAAAAGCUACUUGCAUGGCAGCUGGCAAACCCAACCGGAACUGCAGAUGAGUGCCUCAAAUGGAUGAGGCAAACUCAUUUGAAGCGAAUAAAAAUGGAGUGAAUUGAGGGAAAGGUGGCAUUUUUUUGUAGUUCAAACAUGAUUAAUCGUGUUUAAUCUGACCACGUAUAGGUCAUGACAACACUAACUGGUAAAUUGAUUAUAUAAAAUUAAUUUCGUAUCUCGUGGGUUGUCCCAAACGCGAUGUGUAAUUAACACUAACUGGUUAAUUGAUUAACUUUUUGUACGUGUUUGAAUUA